AUAAUUAUGAGUGCCCAUUGGUGUCUACAUUCCCUGGGAGGAAUACUCUAAAUUCCAUGGUAAAUGCCGUACAAUCGAUACUCCAGUCCCUAGGAGAGCUAUCAAAAAGGAAGGUUAAACGAUCAGCACGUAUUUGGACAACAAGGAUAGAGGAGCUUGUAUCUAGAAGGGAAUUGAUAACAUCUAAACAGGCAGUAGAUAUCGCAAAAUUGCUGGUUCAAAACCAACUGGAGUCACAUAGAAAGGUUCAUGAGUUGACAUGUCAUAUAGCUCAGGUGGUACCAACGCUGGAGCGUAUUGAAACCUCAGAUAUAUACCCACUCUGCUACCUACUGGCUGCAGUGGAUCUCGAUGAUGUAUUAUACAGGCUCUUGGAUCGUCAUUUACACUUAUCGAAGGAACAGUGCAUACAUACACCACAUGACUUUUGCGGCAUUAUUAAAUCAGUAGCUUUAAUGUCAAGUAGGCAUAAGUGGCGCAUGAAGCAGACUGGAUACAUAACAGGAGAUAUACCCAGUUUCACGGAGAUAGUAGAAAAUACUAUCCACGAAGCUAAUAAAAAGAUACCAUCAUACCUACACAAAAGCGAUACUGAAAGUCAAACCCUGGGUGAAAUAAUUGCACAAAAGGCUUUUAUAGAGUAUAUAUGGCAUAAGAACACAGAGGUAGUCAAUGCGCAUGUGAUAAACGGAGCUACGAUAGGAGCCAGAGUUAGAAUUGCUCAAAUGCUUACGCCAGAAGCGCAGUCACUGCUACAGAAUCAAAUAGCAGCUGGGAGCUACCAGAGUACCCUUAGUACACUACGAGAAAUACAACGUAUGCGCUACCCACAGGAGUGUUAUCUGCGAGAUUUGUACGCCAGAUUAUGCGCCACUACAGGGGCGUCUACCUAUAUGUGCAGACAAGAGGCUAUAGAUACACUGGAUCACUUCAUAAAUAUGCUUAAGGACACUACACAGUCAUCUUUGCUGGAUUACCUCAAAGGGAUACGGCGCACGGACAUACUAGCUAGUAAACACCAAGCUACGCACAGGUGGAAUUACCCAAUCAAUAUCCGGAAGAUAUAGGCAC